AUGUCGUGGAAACUGACCAAGAAGUUGAAGGAUACCCAUCUGGGUCCUCUGGCCAACACCUUCUCUCGGUCUCCUUCAACUUCGACCAUUACCGACAAAGACGAGAAGAGCCAGGUCGCCAUAUCGCCUUCUCCGACUCCUAGCAAUGAAAAUACCAUUGCCGCCUCAGAAGCCCUCACCCAGGCACCUGUGGUUAAGACCCCAAAGCCCGGUAUCCUUGUCAUCACUCUCCACGAAGGCCAGGGCUUUUCCCUCCCCGAGCAGCAUCGAAGUACUUUUGGCCAACAACAUGCCGGCGCCUCGUUGUCGACAGGAAAUGCCCUGAACAUGGCCGGUUCCAUACGCCCCAGCUCGUCCCAGCGAGCCACGGGCUCCUUCGUAAACGGUUCGGCCAGGCCGCAGACCUCGUCGGGCGGGUUCAGCGGCAUCCCCACCAACCACGGCCGCAUCUCGACCAAGUACAUGCCAUAUGCCCUGCUGGAUUUCGACAAGGUCCAGGUCUUUGUCAACUCGGUCGAGGGCACACCCGAGAACCCCCUGUGGGCGGGAUCGAAUACACAAUACAAGUUCGACGUGUCGAGAGUGACGGAGCUGGCGGUCCAUCUCUAUAUGCGGAACCCCAACGCCACGCAGGGCUCGGGCCGAAGCCAGGACAUCUUCCUCGGCGUCGUGCGCAUCAACCCGAGAUUCGAGGAGCGGCAGCUGUACGUCGAGGACCCCAAGGCGAGCAAGAAGGACCGGGAGAAGGCGGCGGCCGAGCACGCGAACCGGGAGCGGGCGCUCGGCUUCCACGGCGAGCAAUGGGUCGACGUCCAGUACGGCACGGGCAAGCUGAAGAUCGGGGUCGAGUACGUCGAGAACCGGGCGGGCAAGCUGAAGAUUGAGGACUUUGAGCUGCUCAAGGUUGUGGGCAAGGGUAGCUUCGGAAAGGUGAUGCAGGUCCGGAAGAAGGACACGUACCGGAUUUACGCCCUCAAAACAAUUCGCAAGGCCCACAUCAUCUCGCGGUCUGAGGUUGCUCACACGCUGGCGGAGCGGUCCGUCCUCGCGCAGAUCAACAACCCCUUCAUUGUGCCGCUUAAAUUCACCUUCCAGAGCCCCGAGAAGCUGUACUUUGUCUUGGCCUUCGUCAACGGCGGCGAGUUGUUCCACCACCUGCAGAAAGAGCAGCGCUUCGAUGUUAACCGCAGUCGAUUCUACACAGCCGAGCUGCUCUGUGCCCUUGAGUGCCUGCACGGGUUCAACGUCAUCUACCGCGACCUCAAGCCCGAGAACAUCCUGCUCGACUACCAGGGCCACAUCGCCCUUUGCGACUUCGGUCUCUGCAAGCUCGACAUGAAGGACGAGGACCGGACGAACACGUUCUGCGGCACGCCCGAGUAUCUCGCCCCCGAACUGCUUAUGGGACAGGGCUAUAACAAGACGGUCGAUUGGUGGACCCUCGGGGUUCUCCUGUACGAGAUGUUGACGGGGCUGCCGCCGUUCUACGACGAGAACACCAACGAGAUGUAUCGCAAGAUCUUGAGCGAGCCUCUACACUUCCCAGGCCACGAGGUGGUGCCGCCGGCGGCCAAGGACCUGCUAACGAAGCUUUUGAACCGUGAUCCUCAGCAUCGUCUAGGAGCUAAUGGCUCGGCUGAGAUCAAGGCGCACCCCUUCUUCCACGCCAUAGAUUGGCGGAAGUUGCUGCAGCGGAAGUAUGAGCCUGCGUUCAAGCCCAACGUGGUCGAUGCCCUCGACACGGCCAACUUCGACCCCGAGUUCACGUCGGAGCCGCCGCAGGAUUCGUACGUCGAAGGCCCCGUGCUCUCGGAGACGAUGCAAAACCAGUUCACCGGUUUCAGCUACAACCGGCCCAUUGCGGGCCUCGGCGAUGCGGGCGGUAGUGUGAAGGAUCCCUCGUUUUCGCACCGCGACAGCGUCGGCAAGUCAUUCGUGCUGAAGGAGGCCUUCGCCUCGGACCCCAAGCGCUUCGACAAGUUCAGCCGCACCUUUGUGCUCCCGGAGGGCGUCGCCUCGUGCCCCGGUGGCGGCGGAACCGACAUCCUGUUCGACUUCAGCAAGAACUUCCUGACCGACGAGACGCUGGACCUGCUGGUCAAGCUGGCCGAGCAGGCCGGCGUGGAGAAGAAGCGCGACGCCAUGUUCGCCGGCGAGAGGAUCAACUUCACCGAGGACCGCGCCGUCUACCACGCGGCGCUGCGGAACGUCGGCGACUGGGACAUGAAGGUUGACGGCGUCGACGUCAUGAACUCCAAAGGGGGUGUCAACGAGGUCCUGGAGCACAUGAAGGUCUUCUCUGAGGAGAUCCGUAGCGGGUCGUGGACUGGCUUCACGGGGAAGAAGCUCACGAACGUGGUCAACGUUGGGAUUGGAGGGUCGGACCUCGGCCCCGUGAUGGUCACCGAGGCGCUCAAGCACUACGGCGCAAAGGACAUGACGCUGCACUUCGUCUCCAACAUCGACGGCACGCACAUGGCCGAGGCUCUCGCGGCAUCGGAUCCCGAGACAACACUGUUCCUGAUCGCGUCCAAGACGUUCACGACGGCCGAGACGACGACCAACGCGAACACGGCCAAGGCGUGGUUCCUCGAGAAGACGGGCGGCAAGGGCGAGAUCGCCAAGCACUUUGUGGCGCUGUCGACCAACGAGGCCGAGGUGACCAAGUUCGGCAUCGACGCCAAGAACAUGUUCGGGUUCGAGAGCUGGGUUGGCGGGCGCUACUCGGUGUGGAGUGCCAUCGGGCUGAGCGUGUCGCUGUACAUUGGAUACGACAACUUCCGCCGCUUCCUGGCCGGCGCGCACGAGAUGGACAAGCACUUCCGCACGGCGCCCCUGAGGGAGAACAUCCCGGCCCUCGGCGGCCUGCUCAGCGUCUGGUACUCGGACUUCUUCAACGCCCAGACGCACCUGGUGGCACCCUUUGACCAGUACCUGCACCGCUUCCCGGCCUAUCUCCAGCAGCUGUCGAUGGAGUCGAAUGGCAAGACGAUCACGUCGGAUGGGACGCCGGCGAAGUACACGACGGGCCCCAUCCUCUUCGGCGAGCCGUGCACCAACGCGCAGCACUCCUUCUUCCAGCUCGUGCACCAGGGCACUAAGCUGAUCCCGACCGACUUCAUCCUGGCGGCCAAGUCGCACAACCCUAUCUCGGAUAACCUGCACCAGAAGAUGCUGGCGUCCAACUACCUCGCGCAGGCGGAGGCGCUCAUGGUGGGCAAGACGGCGGAGCAGGUGCGGGCCGAGGGCGGCGUGGCGGACGCGCUGGUGCCGCACAAGGUCUUCCUCGGCAACCGGCCGACGACGAGCGUGCUCGUGGGCGGGCACAUUGGCCCCGCCGAGCUGGGCGCCCUCAUCGUCUACUACGAGCACCUGACCUUCACUGAGGGGGCCGUCUGGGACAUCAACAGCUUCGACCAGUGGGGCGUCGAGCUGGGCAAGGUGCUGGCCAAGAAGAUCCUGAAGGAAAUCGACGAGCCUGGCAACGGAGAGGGCCACGAUGCCUCGACUGGUGGGCUGUUGUCCGCUUUCAAGAAGUACGCCCAUCUGUAG